AUGAAGGGAAGCGGUAGGUGCAUGGCGAGCAGCCAGGCGCCGCAAAUACCGCGAGUGCCCACGCACCUGGCUUAUGGCGGCGAAGCUCCAUCAAGGACAUCUCCGAACCGGGAGGUGGAGAAGCUGAAACUCGAGAUCCAAGAAUUGCUGGGUUUGCUGCGCAAGGCUCUCCACUUGGUGUGUGAAGAGCUGCGGCGGACGCACAAGUGCAACAAGCAUCUGGAAGAGCGCCAAAGUGACCUGGCCGCUGAACUGGACGAACUGAAGCCCAGGUCGGUGCAGCUGACACGCUUGGGGGGGGCCGUGAAAGUGAAUAAUCGUCCGGAGCGCAUCGAGCUCACGAACCACCCCGCCCAGCCUUUGCAAGCCUCGCACCUGGGAGCCGUGAUCCCAGCCCGUCACCUUGCAGCGGCGCCGGCUGCAGCACCAGCCGCCGUGGCACCGGCGGCUUCCUCGGCCCGAUCGUCCGUGGCCGCGUCCCCAGCUUCCACCUCGGCUCCCGAUGGCCCGCGCCGUCAGUCAGACGAAAGCAAACGGAAGAACCGGGCAUCCAGUGAUCGGAGCUCGAUGGCAAGCGGCAGACGCGUGACGCUGAAGCUGUCCAGAAGUAUCCUGAAGAAGCUUUCGGCGAAUGCAGGGCUCUCGCAGAAGGAGGAGCAGGGCAGCGACAGUGGCUCCGAAAUCUUCGAGGCCAACAAUCCCGAAGAAGUCCAGGAGAUGCAGAGGAUUCUCGAGCAACUUAGCUGGAAGUACGAAUACAUGCAAGAAGGGGGGAACGAAGUGGGUCAAGAAGACGGUGCCGAUCUCAAGCCUGCUCGCGAAGAGGAGCCUGAAACCUCUCCGUCGGUGCGUGCCUCACUCUCUCGGCGACUGACGCCCGGGAUGUUGGAGGAUGAAACGGGCUCCCUCCCACCUCGUCGCUUGACUUUGUUCCAGGCCAAGUGA